AUGAAGGCCAAUGGCGAGACGGAGGGGCGGGAACUCACCAUCAAGGUGGGGCCACAAGCAACCGUUGAGCCCGUCGAUGCGGAAAUUGAUGAACAAGAUGCCGCGGCUAAUGGUAUUCUUGGGUCCCCGAUUGAGGAGAUGGCCAAGUUCGAUGAUGACGGAAGUGAUGCAUCUGAUGACGAGUUCCUUUCCAUCAAACCCAAGAGGAAGUCAUCCUUGCUAUUGCCUGGUUCCAGCAAAAGUGUCGUUGCAUCGUCUUCGAAGCAACCUGCGACCCCUUCUUCUUCCACAUCCAAGAGGGAACAUCAUCGGCAUCACGGCAACACCGAAGAUGAUUAUGACGAUCCACUGUUUGAAGUGGAAGACAUUGAAGCCGAGAGGAAAGAACAAAAGAAGUACAUUCAAGAUGACGACGAUGACCACACCCCGUCGCUUCGUUUACGAACUCUUGCCAGAGAAGAGCAGAUCCAGAGAGAAGCCGGCAUCCCUCCUGAGCAGCUUAAGAUGCGCAACGGCACUUCCGGCUCGCAAUCCUGGAAGCCGCCUCCCGUUUCACCCUCAGCUGUUCUGUUUGGCCACAGUAUCGGCUCCUAUAAGGGCCGGUCUGUGACAAUCAACCCGAUUAAGGACCCCCAACUGUAUGAUGAGAUUGCCAAGUUGAAGGAUGUGCACUUCUGGGUUGGAAGUGUAGAUGGCAGGAGUGGGAUUGAGCCCGCGGAUAUGGGGAGCUAUAGGGCCGCGAAUAGGAAUUCCAUAAUUGGACAGGGAGGUGUGCCAAUGAGUUUUACGCAGAGGUUGGCGUUAGAGGAAGAGAUGGAGAGGAGGAGGUUGGCAGGGGAGAAAUUACCUGACGAGGAGUGA